AAAAAUAAAGAACGGCAGUCUUAAGAGGCACAGAAGGAAAUGAUCGAGAGCAGUUGAUGAACCUAAGCCAGAAUCAAAUGAGUUUAUUCUCCCAAAGGAGAUAACUCACCAAGAAUCGCUAGGUCUUGUGAUGCCAGACAAAGGAGGCAAAACAUCCUCUGCCAGGAUCAAUCUGGUAGUAAGCAGGAAAGAAAAGAGGGAAUCAGCUCAAAAGGGAGAUUUCAGAGAGAAAUAAAACUCAGAUGAAGAACAAGCUCAAGAGCAUACAUUCCAGGAAAGGGAGUAUGAUUUUAAAACAUAACAAAUCCGAACCAAAAGACGCAAGUUUACUAAUUUUGGAAGGCUAAUCAACUAGGAUUCUAAAUUUUUUUUGGGAUCAUUCCAAAUCUGUUUCUUUAAACCCUAAAACUUCCACCCAUGAGAAAUCAAGACUAGGAAAUAAACUAAAAGUGAACUCGAAGGCAAAGCUGAUAUCUUCUAACUAUGUCUGAAGAGUGUCCUCAACUUAGAACAGAAGAGAAGAGAAAUUUUAAGAAUAGAGGCAAGGCUAAUGUCAAAGUUCCGAUUGAAAAUUUCUCAGAGGCUGAUAUAAAUACUAAGGACCUGUACAGUCAGAUUCCAGACUCAGAGAUCAUCCUUGGGGAUAAUCUUGACACCAAGCUAAACAUUAUCUAAAAGAUCUUUAGCAAAACUAUAAUGAAGAGAAGAAUCUAAAAAUGAGUAUUAAGAAGUUGAUAAGGAAUUAUAUACUCCAGCUCAACAUCAGGAUUCUCUUGGUCAAUCAUGGCGGCUUCAACUUCUUCUAUAUUCAUAUCCUCUUCGUUGUCAUUGAAAGUGUAUAUAGUGUCAGCCUUGGUUGAUGCUUCUAUGCUACUAUUGGCCUCCAUUGAUGAUGU